AUGAAUCGACCUCGUAAUACUAACGGUCAUCCUCAUACCCAAGUUCAAAGAAUCUUAAAUACUAGAAGACAGCUUCAAAGACCCAGACCUCAAAAUUUUAUGAAUCGACCUCGUAAUAUUAACAGUCAUCCCCAUGCCCAAGUUCAAAGAAUCUUACAUACUGGAAGACGGCUCCAAAGACUCCGACCUCAAAAUAUUAUGAAUCGACCUCGUAAUACUAACGGUCAUCCUCAUUCUCAAGUCCAAGGAAUCCUAAACAUCGGAAGACGGCUCCAAAGAUCCCAACCUCAAAAUAUUGUGAAUUCAUCAGAUGGUGUCUCUAGUGCCGCUCAACAAUACAUUGAUUUGAUUGGAGGUUCAAAUCAAUUUACCGGGUCGCAAGAUGCAGAAACACCGC